AUGAAGACAUCUCCGAAGUUCGUUCUCUACCUGACAUGUUUCUUUUUGGGGAAUAUGGUUCAGAUGCAUAAUUUGAUCUUGUCUCAUCAAGACAGUGGAUUCAUAUCAGUUGAUGUUGGAGACAACUUGACUUUGCAAUGUUUCUAUGAGGGGGAUGACAAAACCAUUUAUUGGUACAAACACACACCAGGACAGAAACCUCGAAUUAUCUCUAAGACGUACAAACUUUUAACAGAGAUUUGGUUACGGAAUGAAUUCAUAGACAAUCGACACUUCUCUGUGGACUCUAAUGAUGUUGUGAGUCACCUAAAUAUCUCUGAUUUGCAGUUUUCAGACUCAGCUACUUACUACUGUUUACAGCAGAAUUCAACCGUUUCUCAGUUUACUGAGGGCGUCACUGUCAGUGUGAAAGGUUCAGGGUCUAACAUCCAGGUUGUGGUGCAUCAGUCUGAGAGCAUCCAGCCAGGAGGCUCUGUGACUCUCAGCUGCACAGUUCACACUGGGACCUGUGAUGGAGAACACAGUUAUUACUGGUUCAAGAGCUCUGAAGAACCUCAGCCAGGACUCAUUUACACCCACGGAGACAGGAACAAUCAGUGUGAGAGGAAACCAGACACACAGACACACACCUGUGUCUACAACUUGCCGUUGGAGAGACUGAACCGUUCUCAAGCUGGGACCUACUACUGUGCUGUCGCUGCAUGUGGACACAUUGUGUUUGGAGACGGGACCAAGCUGGAGUUUGAUGAUGAAGUGAACUGGCUGGUGUAUUUCCUGAGUGGAGCUUUGGGAUUCACCAUCAGCCUUUUGCUGGCUGUGUUACUGUACAAGAUAAACAAGAGAAGAUGCUGGAGAUGUUCAGAGUCUCGUACACAACCAUCAUCUCCAUCCAAAACAGAUGCAGAGGGCAACCAACAUGCAGAUGACCUCCAUUACGCUGCAGUUAAUGUGAACGUGGCCAGCAGAUCAAGACGACAGAGGGAUAACACAAAUGAUGAAUGUGUGUACUCAAGUGUUAAACUGUAGAAUUGUAUUUUUUUGAACGAUCUAUGUUUGAGAUGAGGGAUUUCUCAGUCUUUCUUUAGAGUUGUAGCAUGAUUCUUGUCUGUAAUGCUUUUUUAUACUUUUUCUUAUUAUAAAUGUGGCUUUUUUGUGAUUAAUGAUAAAAAACCACUCGUGAUGUAAUUACACUUUUAUGGUUAGACAUUGUGUGUAGGCAAUGUUUGGACAGUUGCUGUUGGUCUUUGAUGGAAUGACACUUGGACUGACAUAAGGAAAACAAUGAUUAAACUUCAUGUAAUGAAAGUCGAUUGAAGGGUAUUACUCACGUUGACUUCCCCAUCACGUACGCAGCAUACUGGACACACACACACACACACACACACACGCACACACAGAAAGUCUAGUUUGUAAUAGCACACAAACUUGACCUUAGAGUGACACUUCCUCAUGCGAAUAAACAACCAGCGCACAAACUUGACCUUAGAUUGACACUUCCUCAAAUCGAACAUUGAAAUAGCGCCCAAACUUAUUGGCACUUCUUUGAAACAUACA